CGAGUUUAUUGGCUUGGGGUUUAUCUGGGUAUAGCGGUCGGUGGCGGCAGCGGCAGUGCAGCCACGAUUUGUGUAUGUACAGAGAGUCGCCUCGUAGUAUAUAGAGCUCGGGCAUUUCCUCCCGUCUCCCAAAGUCGGUUCUGCUCAGUGCCGCAACCAACAAGCAGUCCUCCUCCGGGCAGUCUGACAACACGCACAACAAGCACAACACGCGCCAGCACGCUGUGCAAACCAACAACACCAUGGCAACACUCCUUUCUCGUUCCUCUGACAGCCCGCGCUAUUCACUGCAGGAUAUCGAGCUCGCCCGGUUCGACAGCGCCUCCCCCUCUAUCCUGAGCGCCCCGCCGCCCUACGAGGAGCCCGCCUCUCGCCCCUUCCGUCCGACCGUCCACCUCCAGAUCGAGACCCUCGGCAAGCCGUGGUUCUCCACCCCGUUGCCCCCGCGGCCGGACCCGAUUCCCGUCUUCGCCCUCCACCCAGACGACUCCAGCUCCUCAGCCGCCGCCCAUGCCCCACAGUUCACCUCCAUCCGCCCCUGGCGGUCCUCAGGGAGCUGCUACCUCACCCCCUACGACACCACCACCACUACCACCGCCUCCUCCUCGUCCGCGGCCGGCAUCCCCGUGCUCAGCACAACAACCUACCGCUUCGGCCCCAACCGCCCGCCGCGCGUCCGCCUCUUCGCCCCUCACUCCGCCCCGCUCUCCCCCGCCGCCCUAGAGGCCCUUCUCCUCUCGGCCAAAGACGCCGCCACCAUCCCAGACCCCGAAGAGGACGGCCAGCCGGUCCAGCAGCCGCCGCAACCCUGGGACGAGUUCGCCAUCACCUCGGCCGGCCUGCUCACCCGCGCCGUGACCUUCCGCACCCGCCUGGGCACCUUCCAGUGGCGCUACGCCUCGCGCCGCGAGCGCCUCCAGCAGCAGCAGCAGCAGGAGCAGCAAGACGGAGACAAAAUAUCCAGCCUGCUGGUGCUCGAGCGCGUGGUGCGCGUCGCGCGCGCGCGGAACCUUCCCCCCACCACCUCCACCACCACCAGUACUUCUUUCCCCGGUCUUCUUCUCAGACGCCACCAGCAUGAGGACGAGGAGGUGCGCACGACGGUGGCGCACUUCGUGCGGGGCGCGGCCACGCGCACGGCCGGCAGCAGCGUGGCCAGCGCCGGCAACGGCGGGCGGCUGGUGCUGGACCUGGGCCUGUGGGGGGAGGGGGAGGAGUGCGGCGGCGGGGAGGACGCAAAGGUGGCGCGGGAGAUGGCGGUCGUGAUGGCGGUCACGACGUGCCUGGUGAUGCUGAAGCGCGAGGUGGAUCGCCGGCGGGCGCAGCAGAUGGCCACCAUGGCCCACGGCGGCGGGGGCCCUUAGGAGUA